AAGAGUUGUGUUGGCGACCAUCACACAAUGCUGGCCUCAGAUGAUGAUGGUAGGUAUGAAAACACAGAAUAAACUGACCCAAGCUAUAUUAUUUAAUUUAAAUCUCAAUUUAAGAGGAUAUUUAGUAAGAUAUAAAUAGUUGUCCCUUAACUGCUGGGAUGAAUAAUACACAUUUGUUUAUGUAAUUUUACUGCCAAUAAAGUUUGUUUCUCUCUCAUUAUUCCUUCACCAGUGCUGCCCCCUCCUGGUGACAUCCAGGUCCUGUUGCUGACAUUAGAUUCAGUGUCUCUGAGCUGGGGUUCUCCUCAGGGGCUGACAGGACCACAGACAUUCAGAGUGACAUGGGGGUGUGACGGUGAAACAAGCUCAACAAGAGUGAAAGGUGGGCAUCAUCUUGAAAUAAGCAGUCUCCAACCUGGUGAAAAGUACCAGUUCAACGUGGCUACAGAGGGAGAAGAUGGAAGCCAAAGCAGAUGUGUCUCAGCAUCCCUAUCCACAGGUACAGUAGGCUAACUUGUGUUUUUAUUCAGACUACAUCAUUCAUUCAUUCCUAGAGACAUUGCUGGACUCUCUGUCAAAAACAGCUCAUCCUCUAUUCUAAACAAAUAUUGUUUUUUGUUGCAGUGGUCCCACCCAGAGACUUAAAGGUAGACAAUUUGAACGAUACCUCCUUCACUCUCCGCUGGUCCAAGGCUGAAGGGAUGGGGAAAGUCCCACAGCACUUCUUCAUAUCCAACUGCAUCCCAGGAAGAGACCCCCUCGCAGCCAAUACUGACGACUGCCACAAAACCUUCUCAAACCUGCAACCCGGCACCGAGUACACUGUUAGUGUUGCAACUGUGUUGAACAAUGGGGAACAGAGUGAACCUGUCUCUACAACCAUCUGCACUAGUAAGAGAUCUUCCCCCAAUUACAGCUCAUUGUCUCUUUACCACUAACUACAACGAUGUUGUUACCUUACAAAUACACGUUUUGUUGCUUCUGUUCUGUUUCUAGCUUAUUUCUCCCCAUAUUAAAAGCCCUGGCUUUAUUCUACUUUUCCACCGGCAAGGCUAUAAAUAUUUUAUUAAAUGUUUAAGGGAUUCAAUUAUUUUAUUUUUUAA